UGAUUAAGCUGUUGCCAAGGUGACGUAGUGAUGCCAUUAUGGCGGACUUAUGUUGAAGGUGGUAUGUGUAUAUAAUAUAAUAUAGUUUUUACUAAAAUUACCGCACCUUAUGAUUAUUCGAAUUUUAAUACAUAGUCAACCCUCUGUAAUGCAAUAUGUCUGUUACUAUCCACACAGAUGUCGGAGAUAUGAAAAUCGAAUUGUUUUGCGAAUAUUGUCCUAAAGCUUGUGAGAAUUUUCUUGCACUGUGUGCAAGUGACUAUUAUAAUGGCUGCUUUUUUCACCGGAACAUAAAAAGCUUCAUUGUUCAAACUGGAGACCCAACACAAACAGGGAAGGGUGGAAAUUCUAUAUGGGGUCGGAAGUUUGAAGAUGAGUUCAAAGAAGAUUUAAAGCAUAAUGCACGAGGUAUGGUGUCAAUGGCAAACAAUGGACCAAACACUAAUGCCAGUCAGUUUUUCAUAACAUAUGCACCUCAGCCUCAUUUGGAUCUCAAAUACACUCUAUUUGGAAAGGUAAUAGAUGGUUCUGAUACUCUUGAUGAACUCGAGAAGCUUCCAGUGAACCCAAAAAACUACAAGCCAUUGACUGACACUCGAAUUAACAGCAUCACAAUACAUGCAAACCCUCUGGCUUCAUGAAUAGAGUCAACACAUAACCUGAAUAGAGAGAUGUUUUUAUAUACCUUCGAUUGAUUUUAUUCUGAAGGAUGUAAACCAGGUAGGUCAGGAAGAAAAAAUAUAUAUCACAGUCUGCAGAAAUACCUAACAGAAGAUACCAUAAGAUGUUUUGUGAAGUUCUGAAUGAUGAAAUAACUAAUCAACAAGACAAUUUUGGAUGCUAAAGGAAAUCAUAUGAAUACUGACAGUUAAAAUUUGGAUUGUUGUGCCGGGUAUUGUAUUUAAAAGUAGCAGUUGGAAUAAAAAAUAUGUUACCUAAAGAA